AGGAAUUUUACUGCAGUAUAUUCGGCAGAGAACCACCCAAACCACCGCAUAUGGAAAUAAAUUUUGAAAAAUAUCUACGAGAUACUUAUAAAGUCAUUAUCUAUCAUUAAAGAAAAAGACAACAACUAGAGUAUUUUCAACUGCUGCUGUGCUGCUAUGGAAACAGACGAUUUAGAUCAUUUUGGUGAAAUUACCCUCGAAGGUGAUUCAUUCAGUGAUGUUCACUUAAGAAGACCAUCCAAAACACGCUAUCGACCAUCACCCAAACGUCUGCUGCCACCAUUAAAACCUAUAGAUUUUGAAAAAUAUGUACAUGAAAAUUGUCAAAAUAAAAUAAAAAUAUUAAAACGCUCAUCAAUUCAGGAGAUCACAAAACCUAUGGUCAUAUUUUUUAAUCAUUUCCGUGAAAAAUGUGCCUAUCAUACCAAAUGUUUGGAUAAAUUGUUUGCCUUGUCAUUGAAAUAUGGCGAACGUAUAGAAUUUCUAGCCGGCGAUAUGCUCGACAUUGAGGUAAUGCAUUCCAAAUGGCAUUCAAUAGAUUUUUUCUGCAGUAUAGGCAGUCCGGAAAAGGUUUCUUCCACAAUUUAUGCCAUAGAUGCUGAAAAACGUGUAUAUGAACAUGAAAGUGCUGAGAAAAGUUUGGAAAGUCUAACAAAUUUAUGUGAAGAACUUUUAAAAGGUAAUCUCUUCAGAUCCCAAACACUGCCGGAAGGUAAUAAUUGUAGUUUGGUGAAAUUAUGUGUUUAUGAUAACUACAAGGAAUUGGUUAGCAAUAAUAUGAAGCAUGUUUUACUUGUUGUCAAUUUGGAGGAUUAUACGGAGUUGGACUUGAACUACGAACCCAAUUAUGAAACUAUAGCUAAACAAUUACAACCACACCAUAUUGAGGUGGUUUAUAUAAAUGCAGCCAAAAAUUAUAUACCAUUUGAGUUAGGAAUCUCUAGCUAUCCCAGUUUAAUACUUAUACCCGCUAAUGAUAAAACCAAGUUUGUAGAUCCUUUAAUGGGCUCUUAUACACAGGAAAACAUAAUAAAUGGUAUAAUGUCGUAUCUUAAGGAUCCUGAAUUGUUUUUGCAACAACAACAGCUGGAAUUAUGUAAAACACGUUAUCAGCCGCUAAAUAUAACAGAGGAUUUCAAACUCGAUUUCCUUAAACUACCACAGUAUUUAAAGGACAAUUGUCAACAUUAUUUAAAAGUAUUUGAACGUGAAGCUUUUCAAAGAAGCAAUCGUUGUAUUAUUAUUGCUUUUAUGGAUUUUCAAAAUGAUAUAUGUUUAGCCCAUCAUUUAAAAUGGAUCGAUCGAAUCUAUCAAGUUGCCCGACAACUAACCAGUCCUAGAGAAUAUUUUAUAGCCGAUUUUAAGGAUAUAGAUGUUAUAAAUCCCUCUUGGAAACCACAAGAUUUCAUCAAAAAUUUACAAUUAUGCCAUGAAGCAACACCCAAAGUAUUCGGCAUAGAUCUAAAUAGAAAUAAAUUUGUUUUAAAGGAUUUCAAAACUGCUGCCUCACUCUUCUAUUUUGCCUUUAGUUUAACCAAUGGAGAACUAUAUAUAUCCGAACCUUGGCCGCAUAAAAACGAUGGCAAAUUGGUUAAAACUUGUAUAGCGGACAGUUUAAAUUUAUCGAUUAAUUCUAUUAAAAAAGAUCUCCUAUUGGCCAUAUAUUAUUCGGGUUUAGAUUAUACCGAACAAUUUUUACAAGUUCUAGAGGUUAUAGCCCAUGAAAUGGAAAAGUAUUCGGUGAAAAUUUUAAAAAUUGAUUCUCGCUUAAAUUGUAUACCAUUGGAAUUGGAUAAUACUUUAUAUCCGAUUAUGUAUUUUAUACCACAAAAGGAUAAAAAUAAACAUAUACCGUUUGCAAGUGAUAAUUUUAAUAAACAAGAUAUUGUCGAUUUUAUAAUUAAGAAUGUUAAAGAAAAUAAAUAAA